UGACAUUUACCAGAUAUAAACAACAAUACUUGGAAGAACUCAAUUAUACCUAUCUUUAUAUUGGCACUGCUAACACAGUAAACGAUGCUUUACGCAACCUCAUUUUCAGUAUUCGUUAUAACAUUGGAUUUGAUGAGUCCCCUGUAGUAGUCAGACAAAACAUAUACAACACCUUCAUUCUGAUAAGAGGAUUUGCUCUAGAUCCAUUAAAUAUAUUAUAUCAAAUAUCAGAAACAACCUCUAUAUCACCUUCUGUUACAUCCGACGAUACUGGUUCGAUUAUCUCUAGUGAUAUAUUUAAUAAUCAAUUAUCUAAUAACAUACUCCCAUUUGGAUCUAAACCAAGCAAUGAUAAUGAAGCAUCAAACGAACCGACUGGUUCUAAGGAAAUAGACACAGCUGAAAAUGAAGAAGAUGACAUCCUUGCAAUAAAUAAGACACAUCAAACGACUAUUAAAAACAAUAACUAA